AUGCGCUCGCUUUGCUCUGCGGACGCUGCUACCACUCCUGCAUUCCCCAUGAGUGCCAACACCAACAAGCUGGGGGACGGCACCUUCGGCAGCGUGUACUCUGUUAACUACGAGGGAAGGACGUGCGCCCUGAAGAUUCCUCGGCUCUGGACGUGCGUCUCCAACUUCGCAAAUGAGGUGCUGCUGAUGGAGCGCUUAGCGGGGGCCGGCGGUGCCCCUGAGCCCUUGGGCUUCUGCCCCGACGAGCUGGCUUUCCUCAUGACCUUCUGCGGAAAAUACACGUUGAAGGAGCAUUUGGCCCGAGCGGCGAACUCCGGCGGCCUCUCGCUCCAGCACGUCCUCAUCCUGGCCCUGCGCCUGACCGAGCGUCUUCAGGAGAUUCACCGUGCGGGCUUCAUCCACUGUGACCUGAAGUGCAACAACGUCACGCUUAAGCUGGACGCCGAGGGGAACCUCGAGUCCAUCCACAUCAUCGACUUCGGUCUCUCUUGCCGCGUUGGGGAUAGGCGCCCGUCCGGGUAA